CUAUGACCAUAAAUACACAACAAGAUGGUUUCAGGACUUCUCAAUCUCCAUAAAUCAUCUUUCUUAGUGUUUUCUAUUUCCAUCUCUUCAAAUAUCAGAAAGCUUGGAGAUAAAUGGACGUCCCCAACACUACAACUACAAGCCCUCCUCAUCCCUAUCCUCAAGCAAUUCAGCUUAAGUUGUAUCAAGCCUUCAUAUUUUCAAUUCCAAUUCUCUUCUCUAUAAUUCUUUUGUUAUUGUUCUACCUAUUUUACCUCAAGAGGAGGGCCUCCAAUCUCCCUUCCUCUCCUCCAACACUUACAGGGAGAUUGAAUCAAGCCACCAAUUACAGUUACCCGCCUCCUGGAAUGGAUUUGAAAGAGGAAAUGAGAAACAAGCUUCCCAUAAUUAUAUAUGAUGAGGAAUUAAGGACCCGAAGUUCACAAUGUUGCGUGUGCCUGGGAGAUUUUGAGAUGAAGGAGCAAUUGCACCAGAUUCCUUCUUGCAAGCAUGUGUUUCACGUCGAUUGUAUUAAUCACUGGCUUCAAGCAAACACCACAUGUCCGCUUUGCCGCUGCUCCAUCCUUGUAAUUAUCAGCAGUAGCUAGGAAUUACAAAAAUCUGUUAUCUAAUUACCCCGAUCGAGACUCUCGAUCAUGCGCCCACCUCAACAAUCUAUAUGCAUGUAUAUAAUAAUCAAUGUAGUGAAGAUCAAUAUUGAAGGCAAAGCCAAGGAUCUCCACUACUACCACUAGCUAGCUAGUGACGACAUGUUUAAGUUUAACAGAGCCCCUGCCUGUGCUAUCUAUGGCUAUGGCUAUGGUGAAUUGGUGAUUCACAAGACAAAAUUCGUCUAUUUUAAUGGAUCAUUAAUUAACCACAUGAUUCUUACUCA